CUUUAAUUAACUAAGCGCCAAAAUUGAACUACAAAAAUCGACACUUUGUGAAAAAUUGGAAAUUUGGAUUGAAAAUUUAACCAAACAAGAAGAUACCGCUAAUUUUCUUCUUUUCUUCGUAUUCGCAAAACUUUCUUUUUUUUCCUUUUCUUUUGAGAGAUCAAAACUUUCUUCUUGUGUUAGUAAUGGAGGAUUUCGAGAAUUCAAGUAACAUUACGAGUAAAACUUCGUUUCCGCAUCAAAAGCUUCAAAUCGAUGAAUGGGUUGAGGUGAGGAAGGUUUCAUGGGAGGAUGGUUUUCAGGGAUCAUGGUUUUCUGGGACAGUUGUCCGUUGUGGGAAGCUGAAACGUCAUGUUAGAUAUGAUAAUAUUGUGAAUCAUGAUUUUGAUAAGUUGGGUUAUUUGGUGGAAAAAGUGUCUGUUUCAAGUGUUUUGGAUGGUGUUUUUGGUUCUUCAAGUAAACGGGGGGUGAUUCGGCCACCGCCUCCUUCGGUUGAGUUUGAUAAAUGUGAUCUUAAAUAUGGUAUGUGUGUUGAUGUUAAUUCUAUGGCUGCUUGGUGGGAAGGUGUUGUAUAUGAUCACUGUGAUGGAAUGGAGGAGAGGAGUGUGUUUUUCCCUGAUUCAGGCGAUGAAAAGAAGGUUCGAAUUAAGGACAUACGGAUUACUCAGGAUUGGGAUGAAGUUACGGAUAAGUGGGAGCGACGAGGGAAAUGGUUGUUCCUGGAAUUGAUUGAGGAGUGUGAGCGGGAGUCGUAUCUUCCAGUUUCGGUAAAGCAAAUUUGGUAUGAUGUACGAAAAAAGAAGGAAUUUUCCACGAUCGGUGAAUGGACAUUGAAUGUGAAGAAGGAUUUGUGGAGACAGAUGAUAAUGGAGGCAGUUGGUGACUACUUUGCUAUUACAGUAAAAGAAGUUUCCUCAGCCUUGAAACUUCCAGAGCUGAGAAUGGUGAAAUAAUUUAAGUUACAAUGCAAGGCUAAAAGGAGGCACCUCCUGACAUGCAAUGCAAUGAUAAGUUUCUCCUUCGAAGCAUAGUUGCUUGGCACAAAAGAUAUCACUCCAAAAAUGGUAAACACAAAAAUAAUCAGAAAACGGGUCUGUUUGGAUCGGUUUAUUUCAGUUUAUCUAGUCGUAUAAGCAUUUGUGAGAUUGUUUGAGACCUUAUGACAUGUCCAAAAGCUGUUUUUAAGUUUUCAGAGUUUAUGUACUAAUUGAUAUUUCAUGUCUAAAAGCUUUCUGGUGCUCAUUUAGAAUUUCUUUUACCUCAUGCAAAAGUGCUUAUUUAUAGUUGACUGAGGAGAGGAAUUAUGUUAUUUUUGGUUUUCUAACAGAUAUCUUGAACAGAUCGUAGGACAUGUUUAGUUUCAAAUUCUUAAUUCAGUUGAAUAUUAUCCAUAGGCUUAGUUCUGAUAUCAAUUUUGCAAAAUUUUCUUGUUCCUGUACUCUUAAUUCAUAUUACUCUUCCAGUCUUCCUCAUACCACUAUAGAUUGUUUAUUCUUCUCAGACUAUAUCAUUUUUUGAAUCAACAAUUUAGUCCUUCUAAUUAUUAUUAUUAUUGACCAAUUUGAUCUUUGAAAUUACCAAAAUUCCACACUGAAUCUUGGAAUUGACCUUACUUGUUUAGUUCUUUAGGUUUGGUCAGUUUAGUCUAAAAAUUAUAUCCUGGAGUUACAUCAAUUUUAUAGUCCAAAUUUUUUUCUUGGAUGAUGUAGACCCGAGAUUCUGAUGCAAGUAUUUUGUUCUUUUUCAAAAAAAAAAAAAAAAAAAAAAA